UAGAGACAAAGAGAGCCUUAGGGUAAAACUAACCUCUCGUACUUUGACGCAAGGCUGCCUCACCCUCACUCUAACCAUGACCGGCGACCACCAGGUUCCGCCACCCGACCUCCAUGACACGAUUGAAAGGGGUUCUCAAAACAGGGAGCAACUCUUUGAGGAUGAUGGAAAUGAGCUUGAAAUGGAAGUGAACGACGUUGAUUUCGAGAGCAAUGGACUUGAGAUUGAAGAAAACGGCCUCGAUAUUGAAAGCAACGACCUUCAGGAUGAUUGUGACCAAAUGGUCGAUAUUGAAGACAAUCAUGAAAGCAACGGGGAUGAUUCAACUGCAGUUUCUGUUGAAAAUGGCAUAUCCCAAGGGGAAAACUAUCCACCGCCAGCUGUGGGGAUGGAGUUUGAAUCAUACGACGAUGCUUAUAAUUAUUAUAACUGUUACUCCAAGGAGCUAGGAUUUGCAAUCAGGGUGAAAUCUUCGUGGACAAAGCGUAACAGCAAAGAGAAACGCGGAGCUGUGCUCUGUUGUAACUGUGAGGGUUUCAAAACGAUCAAAGAAGCAAACAGUCGCCGGAAGGAAACAAGAACUGGCUGUCUCGCCAUGAUAAGGUUGAGGUUAGUGGAAUCUAAUAGAUGGAGGGUGGAUGAAGUCAAACUGGAACACAAUCACUUAUUUGACCAUGAAAGAGCGCAGAAUUGUAAGUCACACAAGAAGUUGGAUGCUGUGGCCAAAAGGAAGGUGGAGCCAACUGUGGAUGUAGAAGUACGGACAAUCAAGUUAUACCGUACAUCUAUGGUCGAUCCAGUGGGUUAUGGAAGCUCAAAUUCACUUGAAGGAGAAAUUAACCUCAAUGAUGAAGGGUGUUUAAGGAAUGUUUUCUGGAUAGAUUCUAGGUCUAGAGCUGCAUAUGGUUACUUUGGUGGUGUUGCGGUUGAUACCACUUGCUUGUCAAACAAACAUGAGAUUCCUCUUGUGGCAUUUGUUGGGGUAAACCAUCAUGGGCAGUCUAUCUUGUUGGGUUGUGGUUUGGUUGCUGAUGACACAUUCGAAACAUAUGCUUGGCUAUUUAGGGCAUGGCUUACUUGUAUGUCUGGUCGCCCUCCGCAAACCGUAAUCACAGACCAUUGCAGGGCCAUGCAAAGUGCUAUAUCCGAGGUAUUUCCUAGGACUCACCAUCGGCUGCAUUUGUCUCAUGUCGUGCAAAGUAUUCUUGGGAAUCUGGGAGAGUUACAGGAAUCUGGUGUCUUUCAAAUGAUAUUAAAUAGGACAGUGUAUGAGACCGUAAAGGUGGAGGAGUUCGAAAUGGGCUGGGAUGAUUUGAUUCAACGUUUUGGAAUUACAGAUCAAGCAUUGCUUUGUUCUUUGUAUGAGGAAAGAGAGCGAUGGGCUCCGGUUUACCAAAAAGAUACAUUUUUGGCUGGGAUGUGCAGUUUUCAAAAUGGUGAAUCCAUGAGCUCGUUUUUUGACGGUUAUGUGCAUAAGCAAACUUCUUUGAAAGAGUUUUUUGAUAUGUAUGAAUUAGUUUUGCAAAAGAAGCGAAAAAGAGAAGCUGUCAGCGAUAUUGAAUCGAGAGAUUCGAGUCCCAUGUUGAAAACAAGAUGCUCCUACGAAUUACAGCUUUCCAAGUCGUAUGCAAAUGAAAUUUUCAGGAGGUUCCAAGAUGAGGUUGUGUUGAUGCCUUGUUUGAGCAUAACACAAAGUCAUGCCAAUGGACAUGUCAUAACCUACAUGAUCAAAGAACAUGAGGCAGAAGGAGAUCGAGGCGAUAUGAGGAACUUUGAAGUUAUGUAUGACAAAGCCGGAAUGGAAGUCCGUUGCAUAUGCAGCUGCUUUAACUUCAACGGCUACCUUUGCCGACACGGUUUGUAUGUCCUCAAGUACAAUGGCGUGGAGGAAGUCCCUUUUCAGUAUAUCUUGUCUCGGUGGAGGAAAGAUUUUAAGCGGCUAUACAUUCCGAAUGUUGGAUCCAAUAACGUCGACAGCAGCAACCCCAUUCAGUUGUUUGAUCAUUUGUAUAGACGGUCGAUGCAAGUUGUUGAAGAAGGGAUGAUAUCCCAAGAUCAUUAUACGGUUGCAUGGCAAGCAUUUAAAGAAUCUCUGAAUAAAGUUCGACUUGUUGCGAAUAAGCAUGUAUAGUUAACAGUCAAGAUGUACAUAAUUUCUCUCUAGUAUUUGUAAAAUCU